UUCAAUUUCCUACGAUGUGAACUGCGUAGUUUUGGUCUCAUCCCAAUGCAAUCAAUUCGCCCCCGGUGGGCUUCACAGCUGGGCUUGCGAGGUCUUCGAUCUAGUGCAGGACCGUUGAUCUCUCGUACUACCGGUACACCCAGAUUACUCAAACAACCCCUCUUUUCCUCUAUAAAGGUUAGGGAUAGCAGUACUACAGCCUCUCCGGCAAAUGCAUUCAGGGAUCGGUUACAGGAAGUCAAGAAUGCUUGUGCCGACCCGUAUCCUCGUCUUGCAUCAGACCAGCGCUCGGUGAGCUGUGCGGAGUUUCGUUCUCGUUACAGCCACCUGGCCGAUAAUCAAACAGUAGAAGAAGACAGCGUUGUCGUCAAUGGUAGGAUACGUACCUAUAGACUCGCUGGAAGCAAAUUGAUAUUUUUCGAUAUUGUCCAAGAUGGCCACAAAGUCCAGGUCAUGUGCAAUCAGCGCCGACUGGAUGGUGUGUCGCCCCAGGAUUUCAAAAAGCUUUAUCGCCUUCUCCGUCGCGGCGAUGCUUUCUCCGUAACAGGUAGACCUCACCGUACCGGGCGAGGAGAGCUCACUAUCGAGGCAACUGAGCUGCCUCAGUUACUGUCUCCUUGUCUCCACGAUGUUCCUCUCGAUGCAAAGGAGCAUGAAAACUCGCCCUACGCGCGCCAUGUCCAAUUCCUGGCCGAUCAAGAUACGGCAGAUAUAAUCAGAGCCAGAUCGGCUAUCAUUCAAUAUCUUCGCCAGUUUUUCUUAGAUAAAUCCUUUAUGGAAGUUAGCACUCCAAUUGUGGGAUCUAUCGCAGGCGGGGCCAUCGCUCGUCCUUUUUACACAUCUGCCACGGAGUUCCCAGAGCGGGAACUGUCUUUGAGGAUUGCUCCAGAACUCUGGCUGAAGCGUAUGGUGGUUGGUGGUUUCGACAGGGUAUUUGAGAUUGGUCCUUCAUUCCGUAACGAAGGUAUUGACAAAACCCACAACCCCGAGUUCACGACUUGCGAAUUCUACCAUGCCUAUGCAAAUUUGGAGGACCUCAUGUCAAUCACCGAGAAGCUUCUCUCGGGCAUGGCUGAGCAUAUCCGCCAAUUCAACAACGAGAAGGGGACAUUGAAGCCGACAGAGGUGGACUUUUCAGCUCCUUUCCGACGGAUUGAUUUCACUUCUGGCAUUGAAGAGAAGAUUGGUCGCAGUCUGCCCGACCUUCAGUCCGAAGAUGCCCUAGCCCAAGUCAAGCAGAUAUUCAACGAGCUUUCCAUCCCUGUCCCGGAAAAUCCCACACUUCCUCGACUCCUGGAUGAGCUUUGCAGCACCUAUCUCGAACCAGAAUGCGUAAAUCCAACCUUCAUCAUCAACCCCCCAGAAUGCCUAUCGCCGCUUUCCAAAUCCUUCACCCACCCAACCAACCAGCAGCGCGUGGCGGCCCGAGGAGAGCUCUUCAUCGAAGGAAGAGAGAUAGUGAACACAUACGAGGAAGAGAACUCGCCAUUCGAGCAGCGACGCAAAUUCGAAGACCAGGUGCGCUUCAGCAAAGCCGCCAACGAGACCGAGGAAAUCGACGAAAGCUAUCUCGAAGCGCUAGAAUGGGGGUUGCCGGCUACAGGCGGCUGGGGCUGUGGAAUUGACAGACUCUGUAUGCUUUUCACUGGCGCGAAGCGAAUUGGUGAUGUACUGCCGUUUGGUAAUCUGCGGUCUGUGACUCGACGCCAUGAUGGAUUCAGUGGCCCGGCGCCGCGUGAGUCUUGAGUUGUGAGUGGUGUCGAUAUUGUAUUUUUAUGGAUAUCUGUAAUUGGAUCUGAGUGCAUUUGUAUAAUAGUAUCUAGGGAGCUUUCCCGAAUGUCAAUGAAUCUUCUAUCUCCA